AUUUAAGAGCUUGCAUGUAUGAUCGGAGCUUUUUAUCUCGAAAUGGCAUACAGUAUUGGCAGUCACCAUCACAUUCGAAUUACUUGAUACUGGGCACACUAAUCCUUGUGCUAACACUUCUACUUUGCUUCGUGAUUUGGUUACACCAAGAAUUGACACCGACACCGAUACCGACACCAAAAUUUUACACUCCAGAUCGUGAACCUAUGGACGAAAUGUUUCCACAUUUGACACCAACACUGAGAUCCAGAUAUAACUUUCCAGAUGUGGAGGAAUCAAUCAAACGUUUGAUGAAGAGCAACAACAACAACAACAACUACUACAAGAAAAAGAUUUAUAGUCCAUCUUUUAAUUAUGGCCCACAUAGAGAACCGAAUUUGUGAACCCUGCGAAUUCCAUUGGUGAAACGUCAAACUACCAAUAGAUUAUUUCAAAUUUAUUG